AGAAUAAUAUGUGCUUUGGAGUUUUGAAGUUUGACUUCUAAGAUUAAGAGACGAUGUUUUGCUGAAUUACUAAUGAUACCAUUUAUAUAAAGUAUAUGGUUGUAUUUAAUUUCAUCACUAGCUUCUAAGUCAUAGAGGUUCUGAAUCUGAUAUAAACUGAACUGGUAGAGAUUACAGAAGAGAAUACAGUUAGAUUACACAGGACACAGUUAAAUCUCGGAGGCAGUAUGUACAACCAGCCUCCACCAGCGUUCCCUGGAGGUCCUCCACCACCUCCUCCACAUGAACGACCUUCAAAUUGGAACUCUGGACCUCCAAGACCUCCUCCUGGAAAUUCUUACUAUUCAGGACUUCCUCAUAACCCCCUGGCUCCUAAACCCCCUGGCCCUCCUCCUUCCCGCCCUGGCGGCCCAUUUUCAAUGCCUCCGAUGCCACAUCCCUCCGAUCCCUCCUACCCUGCCUGGUAUAAACAAUGGUAUGAGAUCCAUCUACCAGGUUCUCCUGUAUUCUCCUCUGCUCCACCUCCUCCUCCUCCUCCUCCAACUACUGAUACUCCAGGACCAUCUCCAGCUAAAAAACAAUGUUUAAAUCUAACCUCCCCUCCUCCCCCACCUCCCCCCAUCACAUCUACUUCACUACUACCCUGGCAGGCCGCUAAAAGCAAGGCUGUUAUCUAUACAACUCCUCGGCCUCCAACGCCUGAUCCCCCAGCUCCUCCUCCAGGUCCACCUCCGUUUGCUACUCCAGUACCUCCUUUUGCUGCUCCAGUACCUCCUUUUACUGUUCAAGGAGGUCCUGAAACAGCUCCUGAGUCCUCGAAGGGGAAGAUGCAAUGGUUCUAUGAUGGUGAAUCUUGGGUCUAUGCCGAUAAACAACCAGAGAUAAAGAAAACUGAACCCAAACCUGAGUUCGUGUAUUCCUAUGCUGCUGGGGAGAAUCCUGUUGGGCAAGCUCUCCUAAAUAAUGUCCGCGGAAGAUAUGGGAAAAGAAUUAAUGAAAAUAAACCCAAGGCAGUGCCGGUACGGUGUGAGGUCUGCUCGCUGACGGUCACAUGCCAAGCUACGUAUGAAACGCACAUGGCCGGAAAACCGCAUAAGAAACGUGUUGUACAGAUGGAAAAAUUAAAGAAAGAGGAAGAAAAAAAGGAAGCUGCCCGAUUGGCUCAAGUUGAAUUGGCUAAACUUAAAACAGAAGCGAUGUUAGCUGGUAAAUCAAUUAAGGAGUUGCCGGUAGUAACUGUGCAGCAGACUAUAAAAGAGGAACCAACAAACCCAGAAGAUUUACUGGAAGUUCAACCUAACGGAGACUUUUUAUGCACAAUCUGCGGGUCACGGAUGAAUUCAAAGGAAUGCGCUAACUCGCAUUUGACAGGAGCCAAGCAUAGGAAAAAGUUUGCACAGAUGAAGAAACGAGGAGGUAUGCGACCAACCCCUUGCGGCAGGGGAGUCUCGGUUGUAAAACCAGCUACUGCUCCGAUAUCUUUAACUAAUGUAGUUAAACCCAGCCUUAUCAAACAAGAAGUUCAGGUGAAAACUGAGAAGACAGAGAUAGAAGAAGAAGCUCAGGAAGAAUAUGAUCGAGCUUUUGCUGAAGCGAUGGCGGCCAGUGCAGACAUAGAGACAGCUAAGAAAUCUGCCGAGGCUGCCAAGGAAGCUGUUCUUGCUGGAUCAGCUGAUUUAUAUGAUACAGCUGACCCUGAGAAACCAACAUGGCCGCCACGUGGAAUUCUUAUCUUAAAAAAACCAGUAGGUUUUAACCCAGGAAUAUACAGAUGUGAGCUGUGUAAAGUUAAUUUAUCCAAUGAAGAAAUAAUGCAGUUUCAUCUCAGCUCCCCUGGACAUAAGGUUGAAGUUGCCAAGGAGAACAGUUUAAGCGUGCCUAACCGUGGCAAGGUUUACCAAGGUAGAUCAGGUGCAGGAAACUUCUUGAAAGCACAACGUGGUCGCCGCGGUCUAAUCUCUACUGGAGAAAUGAUGCCGGAAAAACUAACAAAAGCGCAGCGCCGCGAAGAAUCUAAUGAUAUUGCGGCAUCUAUUCAGAACCAUCUUGCUAAACAAACUGGUGAAGUUAAGGUUCUACCUUUACUCAUGAGCUUUGUCAGGGGAGAGACCAUUCAACCAGAACCAUUUUCUGUUAAAACACAACCGAAAUAAAAAAAAAUUUAUUUGGGAAAAAAUAUUGAUUUCCAUUGAUGUGACAAUUGCGUUUGAUUUAUGUUUGUAAUUGUUAUUUAUUUGACACAAAAUAAAGUCAUAUUAUUAACUCAA